AUGGCGUCAAGCUCUGCGACUCUACUCAAAGCCUCGCCGGUGAAAUCUGAUUGGGUUAAGGGACAGAGUCUCCUCAUCCGCCAACCUUCCUCCGUCGCUGCUAUUCGCAGCCACGUGGCACCUUCUGCUCUCACCGUCCGUGCCGCCUCUGCUUACGCCGACGAGCUCGUCAAAACAGCUAAAACAAUCGCGUCUCCGGGACGCGGAAUUCUGGCCAUGGACGAGUCAAACGCGACUUGCGGGAAGCGUUUGGCCUCAAUUGGGCUAGAGAACACGGAGGCUAACCGUCAAGCUUACCGGACGCUACUUGUGUCGGCACCGGGACUGGGACAGUACAUCUCCGGAGCAAUCCUGUUCGAGGAAACUCUGUACCAAUCCACCGUCGACGGCAAGAAAAUGGUCGAUGUUCUCGUUGAGCAGAACAUCGUCCCUGGCAUCAAAGUCGACAAGGGUUUGGUGCCACUAGUUGGGUCAAACGACGAGUCAUGGUGCCAAGGACUCGACGGUUUAGCCUCUCGUACCGCUGCGUACUACCAACAAGGUGCUCGUUUCGCCAAAUGGCGUACUGUUGUGAGCAUUCCAAAUGGACCCUCUGCUUUGGCUGUUAAAGAAGCAGCUUGGGGACUUGCCCGCUACGCCGCCAUUUCUCAGGACAGCGGUCUGGUGCCGAUUGUGGAGCCUGAGAUUAUGUUGGAUGGAGAACACGGCAUUGACAGGACAUACGAGGUUGCAGAGAAGGUCUGGGCUGAGGUCUUCUUCUACCUCGCUCAGAACAACGUCAUGUUCGAAGGUAUUCUCUUGAAGCCGAGCAUGGUCACUCCUGGUGCUGAGGCCAAAGACAAAGCUACUCCUGAGCAGGUUGCUUCCUACACUCUCAAGCUCCUCCGCAACAGAAUCCCUCCCGCUGUCCCCGGAAUCAUGUUCCUGUCUGGUGGACAGUCUGAGCUAGAGGCGACCCUGAACCUGAACGCAAUGAACCAGGGAUCAAACCCAUGGCACGUUUCCUUCUCCUACGCACGUGCUCUGCAGAACACUUGCUUGAAGACAUGGGGAGGUAGAGAAGAGAACGUCAAGGCUGCUCAGGACACACUCUUGACCAGAGCCAAAGCUAACUCGCUGGCUCAGCUCGGGAAAUACACUGGAGAAGGCGAGUCCGAGGAUGCCAAGGAAGGCAUGUUUGUAAAAGGCUACACCUAUUAA